AUGCUUAGAUAUAAUCCUAUAAAUAAGUUUAAAUGCCUUUCAAGGCAACUUAGUACUGUUGCAUCAGUUCCCCAAUUUAAGACAUCAGUACUUCCAAACGGAUUAACGGUGGCUAGUGAAGUUAUGCCAGGAACCAGAACAGCUACCGUUGGUGUGUGGAUUAAUGCUGGAUCGAGAGCCGAUAAUCCCAAGAGUAGCGGUACUGCUCAUUUUUUGGAGCAUUUGGCAUUCAAAGGAACUCAGAAGCGGUCACAAUUGAAUUUAGAACUAGAAAUUGAAAAUUUAGGAUCACAGAUUAAUGCCUACACAUCCCGUGAAAAUACCGUUUAUUAUACUAAAUGUCUUGAGAACGAUAUUUCUCAAAAUAUAGAUAUCUUAAGUGAUUUGUUGACAAAGUCUAAAUUGGAGGCAAGAGCGAUUGAAAACGAGAGACAUGUUAUUUUGCAAGAGAGUGACGAAGUGGAUAAGAUGUAUGAUGAGGUUGUCUUUGAUCAUUUACAUUCCGUGGCUUUUAAGAACCAAGAUCUUGGUAGAACAAUCUUAGGACCAAGAGAACUCAUCAAAACAAUUAAGAGGAAUGAUCUAGUUGACUAUAUUCAAACAAAUUAUAAAGGGGACAGGAUGGCAUUAAUUGGUGUCGGUUGUGUUAAUCAUGAUGAGCUAGUCAAGAAGGCCGAACAGUUCUUUGGCCAUAUAAAAAAGAGUGAAAUACCUUUUACACAAAAUGGUGGCGAUCUUCCUAUAUUUUAUGGCGAUGAAAUUAGAAUUCAAGACGAUUCGUUACCUAAUACAUAUGUUGCUUUGGCUGUCGAAGGGGUAAGCUGGUCAGCUCCAGACUUCUUUACAGCGUCUGUUGCGAAUGGUAUUGUUGGAACUUGGGAUAGAUCUAUUGGUAUUGGUUCCAACUCACCUUCACCUUUAGCAGUGACUGCAGCAACCGGUGGCCCAAAUCAAACUCCUAUUGCCAAUUCCUAUAUGGCGUAUACGACAUCUUAUGCGGAUACCGGAUUAAUGGGUGUAUACUUCACCGCGGAAAAAGACGCUGAUUUAAAGUUAUUCGUCGAAGCUGUUCAAAAGGAAUGGUCCAGAUUGAAGUCGAAUAAUAUAACUGACGAUGAAAUCGAAAGGUCUAAGGCCCAAUUGAAGGCGUCGUUGGUAUUAGCAUUAGACGAUUCAACUGCAAUUGCAGAAGAUAUCGGAAGACAACUAGUUAACACUGGUAAUAGAUUAUCGCCAGAGGAGGUAUUCGAAAGAGUAGAAUCCAUUACCCGAAAAGAUGUUGUCGAUUGGGCUAAUUAUAGACUUAAGGGUAGACCGGUUGCUGUCUCAGCCAUUGGUAACGUUAAAACCUUACCUUCUCAUAAAGAGAUUACUAAAGGUAUGUCAUUAUAA